UUAACCCUAGUACUAGUAGUAGUACUACUACUUAUUAAUACUAGUACAAUUACUGUUAGGGCUAAAACGUAUGGUUUCGAUUUGAAUUUGUAAUUAGAGUUGACAAAACCACAAUGCUCAAUUGUUAGUGCCAGGUAACAGUAAUUCUCAUAACAGAAAUAGGGUUUCAGGAUUUAUUUAUACUCACUAUAGUAUAACAAUAAUUAGUUUAAACAUGUUGAGUACAAGUUAACUAAGCCUUGCUGAAUAUAAUUAUAACUUGUAACACUAACAGCAAGGAACCAUUUGGUUCUACAAAGUUCGAGGCUAUUCUUGUACACACAUCCUUGAGAAAGAGUCAAAAUUUUUAUGCACUCAUUAUUUAUCACUCUCAGGAAAUUUUCGAUUGCUCUUAUUUUAAACUCCUGUAAAACACUGACCCCUGCUGCUUCCAAGAUAAUGACUGACUGUGGUAACUUCGAUGUGGAGUCGUAUCGCCAACCGUGGGAGAGUGAUGAACAUUGGGUUAUGAGAAGAGACUUCUUAGUAACUCAUUCUGACAAGCUGCCUUUGAAUAGACUCUUGUGUUUAGCUCAAGUAUUUGUAAAUGUUGAGCUUUUAGGCUGCAGGUACCCUGUUCCAGUGAUGCGACAAGUAGCUGAACUUUCGAAGGAUAUAAAUAGUGCAAGAGAUUUGCAUAGUAAGCGGCAGGAUCGAACACAAAUUCAUUUUGUCAUGUCAAAUGAGGCCAAAAGGUCGCAACCUGUUAAAAGAACAUCAAAAUUAUCGUGAAUUUUGUGUGCAAGUGUGAGUUAGUUAAUACAGAAGUUUGAUGGAUUAUUUGGUAAUAAAAAACAUCGUAAACCUUGA